UUGUGUUUAACAAGAUAUCAGUUUCCUCUCUUUAUUGAGAUAUGGUGGAUAACAUAGGCAGUUAUUCAUGCCAAAAGUACAACUUUGCAGGAGCUAGCAGUGCUUCAGGUGAGGAUGGCAUCAUGAAAGAGCAAGAUAGAUUGCUUCCAAUAGCUAAUGUGGGGCGGAUCAUGAAGCAGAUUCUGCCUCCGAAUGCAAAAAUAUCCAAGGAAGCUAAAGAAACCAUGCAAGAAUGUGUCUCGGAGUUCAUAAGCUUUGUCACUGGUGAAGCAUCCGAUAAAUGUCAUAAAGAGAAGCGGAAAACAGUUAACGGGGAUGACAUUUGCUGGGCUCUUGCUACUCUAGGGUUUGAUGACUAUGCUGAGCCACUCAAAAGGUAUUUGUAUAAAUACAGGGAGCAGGAAGGAGAGAGAGCUAACCAUAGAGCAAGCAAGAAUGAAGAAAAAGACGAUUCGUUGAGUUAUAGAGGUGAUCAGACGAGGAAAUCUACCACUCCAUUGAUUUUCCCAGUGGUUGAAAGAAGUAAAACUUCUCUGUCCAGGCGAUUUUGAGCUCCAUCAAGUAUACAUAUGGUAACAUAUAAUCUAUCUCUAGCCUUACUUGAAGAUAUUAAUUGAUAUAGUAAGUGUGAACAAUAUGCAGUUUUCUGGGUGGGGGAUGGGGAGGGCUAAGGGAUUUUAGUUGGUGUGGGCUUAAAAUCUCCCUGGUUUGUGUUUUGAUUGACUGUUAUUGGAGUAAUAGUUGUGUGUAUUAUGUCGUUUAAUUAAUCCUUGCGACUGGGAAUUAUUUAUAAACUUGCCACAGCUUAUUGCUAUGCUUUUUUAGAAGGAUUUAUAGCUAACUUAAUUGGUCUUGGUUCAAUUACCUCAUCAUUUUGAUUUUGUUUUAACCUGAACUCUAAUUGAGUUAAACGGGCUAUUGUUUGCCUUUCGAGGUUGUUUAUCAUGCUGUGGAAAGAACUGUAAGGCUUGCCUCAAUAGUCUGUUGAAAAUUGAAAUAGAAGUUACUUGACUUGUA